GAACAGGAACCAUGCCCAAGAAAGGAGGGAAGCAUGCUGAAAUGGGAAAAGAAACACAGGCACAGUGUAAACGAGCAAAGCUGGAAGCAGCUUGUUCUCCCUCAGUCCUGAGUUUUGAGAACCCAGACAGCCUCUUCGGGAGCUUGAUCUCCCCCAUCAAAGAAGAGGUGUUUUUCAAGGAGUACUGGGAGCAAAAGCCACUGCUCAUCCAGAGCAAUGAUCCCCUGGUGGCUGCUUACUGCCUGUCCCUGUUCCAGCUGUCAGACUUGAAGGAGCUGUGCAGCCAGGGCCUGUGCUAUGGGCGAGAUGUGAAUAUCUGCAGGUGUGUGAAUGGAAAGAAGGUUUUAAAUAAAGAAGGCAAAGUGAAUUACAUGCAGCUGAAGAAGGAUUUUGACCAGAAAAAGGCAACAAUACAGUUUCAUCAGCCUCAGAGAUUUAAGGAGGAGCUGUGGAAGAUUCAGGAGAAGCUGGAGUGCUCCUUUGGGUCUCUGGUGGGGUCCAAUGUUUACAUCACUGCCCAGGGAUCCCAGGGCCUUCCUCCUCACUAUGAUGAUGUUGAGGUGUUUAUCCUUCAGCUGGAAGGCGAGAAACACUGGCGGCUCCAUAAACCAAGGGUGCCUUUAGCUCGGGAAUAUGAUGUGGAAUCAGAAGAUAGGAUUGGGAAUCCCACACAUGAGUUCCUAUUAAAGCCAGGUGACUUACUGUACUUCCCAAGAGGGACCAUCCACCAAGCUGACACUCCUCUUGGGACCUCCCAUUCCACACACGUGACCAUCAGUACCUACCAAAACAACUCUUGGGGAGAUUUCUUACUGGAUGCAAUUCCUGGCCUGGUGUUUGACACAGCAAAAGGUGACGUGGCGCUGCGGACGAGCAUCCCGAGGCAACUGCUGAUGGUGGGUUUUGAAGUUACUAAAACUGGCUGA